AGGGGCGAGCAGCAAGUAAGAGCUCACAGGCAGCUACUCGGUCUACAAUUCAUCAGACUCCGAAUAAUUUUCUACGAAAGAGAAUUACACAGCCAUUAAAUUUAGCUAGGAAGAUGUGCUCGUGCUGAUCGACUUCUAUCUGUCUAUCUUCGAGAGCAACACCUUCUUCACCACCGUCGAGCUUAUCAUAACUGACACCAUGAAUAUUGUCGAAUGGGCAUUUGGAAAGCGUAUGACGCCAGCGGAGCGUCUGCGCAAGCACCAACGAGCUUUAGAGAAGACACAACGUGAGCUUGAUCGGGAGCGCGUUAAGCUUGAGAACCAGGAGAAGAAGCUGGUGCAGGAUAUUAAAAAGAGUGCCAAGAAUGGCCAAAUUGGCGCUUGCAAGAUUCAGGCGAAAGAUUUGGUUCGAACGAGAAGAUACAUUCAGAAGUUCUACCAGAUGCGCACGCAACUUCAGGCAAUCUCUCUGCGUAUUCAGACGGUUCGUAGCAAUGAGCAGAUGAUGCAGUCGAUGAAAGGCGCCACGGCUCUUCUGGGAAGUAUGAACCGCAGCAUGAAUCUUCCUGCUCUUCAACGCAUUGCGAUGGAGUUUGAAGGCGAAAACGAUAUAAUGGAUCAACGACAAGAAAUGAUGGAUGAUGCCAUAGACGACGUUACCGGCCUUGAGGACGAAGAGGAAGGAGAGGAAGUUGUCAAGGAGGUUUUGGACGAGAUCGGCGUCGACCUGGGCCAGGCUCUCGGAGAGACUCCAUCUGGACUACAAAAGACAGCGGUCUCAGAUGGCCGUGUGGCCGAGGCUAUUGGAGGUGGCGAUCCAGGCGACGACGACCUCCAGGCCAGGUUGGACAGCCUGCGGCGAUAAAGAGGUGGAUUGACUCCCGACAAGGCGGAUGCAAUCUGCCACAUACCUAUAUUUGAAGGAGGCGGCGUUUGUUUGGUUUAAAGCGCUUUUUCGAACCUUGAACCCCCCUUGAAUGGUUAUUUAUUCGUUUCUUUCAUUUUAUGUGAAAUUUGAUCAACAGCUUCUCAAGAUAUAUCCGUCUGAGGUGGACUUCAUGCGAUUGUAUUGACCAAAGGCCUGGUACUAUUCGCAUGGCUUUGGUGUUCCGAAGUCAAAUGGCAGAUUUCAUCUUUUUUCCCCCUGUGUAUACGCAUGAAUGGGUCCAUGGGCUAACAUAUAUGCACCACGGAUUUGGAACUCUUAUAAUUAAUAGAUACCAUUGAUAAACCCCUAUCACGGUCCCAUAAAGAAUUUCAGUUGCUUAAUAUGGUAUGUCGAUCAGGAAUAUU